AUGGUCGUGCUACAGGGAUACGCGAGGACUCGCCAAUCGAAUAUCCCGACCUGGCGCGCCUCGCCCGCUGUCCUGGCCCGUCCGUUUGAGGACUAUGUCCGCCAGUUAGACCGAUGGAUAGAGGAAGUCCUGUCUGAAGACGACCCUGCUCCUCCUGCUCGAUCUGGUGAUAGUGCCGAGAACCCCCUCGUCGUCCCCGAGAUUGACGAUGAAGGCCACUUCUUGAUGGCGCGUGUAGGUUUUCGUCGUAGCCCUUCGUUGAGAUCCUUAGAUAUCAAACUCGCCAUCGGAUAA